CGCGGGUUUAAGUAUCUCCGCUGAUCAAUAUUUCGGAUGUUACACUUUGUCGGACGUUCGCCUGGAAAAAAAAGAGGCCAUAGAAAAUGUGUGAGUGUUGCAACUGAUAGCGCAGACUUCAAUUAAAUAUUCUGAGUCUCAGAGCUAUGUACACCACACAGUUGCCACGGCGCAGUGAGCACUAUGGAAUGAAGGCAUAAUAGACGUGGAGCAUUGAAGUGAUUCACUGAUCUAUGGUGAUGUAUCGAUCUAGGCCUGCCGUAUGCACAACUUAUUGUAAUAAUGAGCACUAAUAUAUAUCAUGUAUUAACCAAGGGAUCGCUAAACAGGCGUGAAAUGGGACACGAAAAUCUACAUAUACAACGUUAAUAUUGGCGCAAGACCAUUGAGUAAAACAUGGGAUGGUUGAACCCUCAUGUUUUACCACUCCACCCCCUUGAAGAUAAGUCAUAAUGGGGGAAGCAGGUACAUAUCCUAUCUUUUAACUAAUGCAUCUAGUAUGCAAAUUGGGGAGAGCUUCCAUAUAUAUGACUGAAGACAGACUAGCGGCUUUGAAAUCUGGUAAAAAACGACCCCUCGAGUGACGUAGCUCGUUCACUGUUGUACCAAAUACAGAUUAAUUCUAUAAAUACACUCCGUGAAAUACCACAUCGGUAUUACAGUGAAGCAGUAAUCGGGGCUAUGUUAAUCAAUUCAACACUUCAGCGAUCUUCGCUCGCUGUUUACCGAACUCCGCGGUCCCUGGGACUUGGGAUUCACUUGGCAGUGUUACAAGGCGUAUAGCAAAUGUAUACACUUCUUCAUGUGGAUAACAGACCGGGAGGGAGUGUUCAUCAGCUACGCACACAUAGCCACAGGUUAUCUGUUUGAUUAAUCAUGUAGACUUGCGUAUUCCGUUUUCCAUUCACUGGAGCAGCAAGGAGGAUCUAUCUGAUGCGUUAUAGAAAAAAAAACUAAACAGUACCUACCAUUUAACAGGAAAACCAAUCUACAGUACAAUUAUGUCAGAGGACAAAGAAAAAGUAGUUUUUACAGAGGACAAAAAAUCUAAGGCUGAGGAAGCAAGAGAGCACACAACUCCUCGGCUUUUUCUUAGACGGUGGCUUAUUUUGUUGUUAUUUUGCUGUUUUUCCAUGAGCAAUGCCUUCCAGUGGAUCCACCUGAACAUCAUUGGGAACAUUAUAUUACGCUACUACAAUGAGAGUCUUCCAGGGGACGAGUUCCAGCAGCAGCUGGCAGUGGACUGGCUGUCUAUGAUCUACAUGCUGGCCUACAUCCCCCUGAUCUUCCCUGCAACAUGGCUGCUGGACAGGAAGGGACUGAGGGUGGUGAGCCUGGCAGCAACCUUUCUGAACUGUCUCGGAGCCUGGCUGAAAUGCGCCAGCGUCGACCCCUCGAGGUUUGGGGUCCUGAUGUUCGCUCAGACUGUGUGCGCCAUCGCACAGAUCUUCAUACUGGGGAUCCCUGCCCGCCUGGCCGCCGUGUGGUUUGGACCCAAUGAAGUGUCCACCGCAACUGCUUUAGGUGUCUUUGGAAACCAGGUGGGUGUAGCCAUUGGUUUCCUAGUUCCCCCUGUGAUAGUGAAGAAUCACGACGACCUGAAUCUGGUGGGGCGAGAUUUCAGCAUCAUGUUCUAUGCAACAGCAGGGGUGACCACUGCCCUUUUCUUGCUGGUUAUUACAGUUUUUAAAAAACAGCCUCCCACACCUCCUAGUAAAGCACAAGCUAUUAUUGUGGAACAAGCAGCUGAAGAAAAAUACAGCCAAUCUCUUGUCCGCUUGGUAAAGAAUAGGUGUUUCAUGUUGCUUAUGAUUACCUACGGAGUAAAUACAGGGUCGUACUAUGGGAUCAGCACCUUGCUCAAUCCAUUAGUGCUGUAUUAUUGUGAGAACUGUGAGGAACACGCCGGGCGCAUAGGCCUCACCAUUGUCUUAGCGGGAGUAUUAGGAUCCAUUGUAGCGGGCAUUUGGCUGGAUAAAACUAAGAAAUUCAAACUGACUACGGUGGCGAUCUACUUCCUGUCAAUGGCGGGCAUGGUCCUGUUCACCUUCACCUUGGACCAGGGAAUACUCUGGGUGUUAUACCUGUGUGGAGGAAUACUUGGUUUCUUCAUGACGGGUUACCUUCCAGUGGGUUUUGAGUUUGCAGCAGAGCUCACGUACCCGGAAUCUGAGGGAACAUCAUCGGGACUCCUGAACGCCUCGGCUCAGUUCUUCGGCAUAGUGUUCACCACGUCAAUGGGGGCGUUACUGAACAAAUUUGGUCCUCUGGCCGCCAACGCCACUGUGUCUGGUGCCCUGCUGCUGGGGACCAUAGGGACGGCUCUCAUCAAGGGGCAUCUGAGGAGACAGGAAGCCGAGAAAAAAUAUAAGCUACCGGAAGAUGUCCCUUGCCGCAGUGACCCUGCAACACAGCAACAACCGGCCAACAACGGUACCGGAGAGCCAGAACAAUCACCGCCAUAAGUUGGCUGUCUUUUCUUUUUGUUUGAUUUGAGAUGCAUAAGCGCAGUCCAAAAUAUAUUGGCCUCUUCUCACUUAAAAUCUCAUUUCAGCAGUCAACUCAGCCAUAUAUUUAUCCAAAUAUACUUCGACGCCAUAACUUUUCAUUUGUACUAAGAAUUAUACUUGUAUCGUCUAUAUUAUCUUAAUUUUCACGCCAAUCUUACUACUUUAUUUUGUUCCACAUUUAGCAGUAUUGGAUAUGUUCUCAGCUUUGAAUCUUGUGUACUAACUUAUGUUCACUUUCUAUGGAGUGACUCCGGGAUAUCUCAGGAAGCGUUUUCUACAUUUUAAAAUAUCGACCAUCCAAAAAAAGGAAGAGAGAAAGUGUGAAACAAUUUUCAUGAAAACUUUCUCGCUUACUUACCAUCAAUCCUCUGAUAAUAUAAGUUGUGGGUUUUACGGAUUUUUUUAACUUAAUG